GAACUCAACAAGCAAUGGGAAGAAAAUAAGAGGACACAGCCUAACAUUUCAGGAUGCCGUUGGUGAAGAGGAGUAUUGAGCCGCGGUACCUGUGUCACACUGUUCUGCCCCACGGCAUAAAGAAUGAGCUCGAGUGUGUCACCAACAUCUCCCUCGCUAACGUUAUACGUCAGCUCAGCAGCCUCAGUAAGUAUGCUGAGGAUCUGUUCGGGGAGCUCUUUAACGAGGCUCACUCCUUCUCAUUCCGGGUCAAUUCACUCCAGGAGCGAGUAGACCGCCUGUCCAUCAGCGUCACUCAACUGGACCCCAAAGAGGAGGAGCUUUCUCUGCAGGAUAUUACUAUGAGGAAAGCCUUCCGUAGCUCCACCAUUCAGGAUCAGCAGCUGUUUGACCGAGAGUCUCUGCCCAUCCCUCUACAGGAGACUUAUGACCUCUGUGAACAGCCUCCGCCCCUCAACAUUCUUACGCCCUAUAGGGACGAUGGGAAAGAGGGGCUGAAGUUCUACACCAACCCGUCAUAUUUCUUUGACCUGUGGCGGGAGAAGAUGCUGCAGGACACAGAGGACAAGCGAAAGGAGAAGAGGAAACAGAAGCUGAAGAACAUUGAUCGGCCCAUGGAACCAGAGAAAGUUCCACGUGCUCCUCACGACCGUAAAAAGGAGUGGCAGAAACUGGCCCUGGGGGCGGAGCUAGCGGAGGACGACACGGACCACAAACACAAAGACACCGCAAACGGCACAGCACCCUAUCACGAUGCCAGGCAAAUGUAUAUGGAGCACUUGGACGGCUCGUUCUCCCUGGCGGCGCUUCCAUACUCACAGAUGAACGAGCUCCUGAACAGGACGGGCGACAGGAUGUACAGCCGACCCCAUGACCCCCCUCCACCGCCACCCCUCCACCCCACAGAUGCUAAAGCAGCUUCACUAAUCAGUUCGAGUUCUGGGUUUUCGGACAGCCGUCCACAGUCUCCUGCUCGCACUCCCGUCUUUCUCAAUCCUAAUGCCCCGCCCCCUCCCCCUCCCCCUUUACCUCCGCCGCCUCCCCCUCUCCCUUCCACCGUAUCAGGUUCGAGCAUGCGCGGCACGCCCCCGCCCCCGAUACCGCCCUUACCUUCCCAGCAACCUCCGGCCAUCCCGCCCCCUCCCGCCCCCCUCCAGAUCGCUCCUGGGGUGCUGCACCCCGCGCCUCCACCCGUGGCACCUCCUCUCCAUUCCUCUCCGGCCCGCCUGCAGCAGGAUAAAGCCCCGCCCGCCGACAGCGGCGUCCUGCCCCCUCCUCCCCCGCCUCCGCCCUUGCCCCUCCCGGGCGCCAGAAGCUCCUCCCCUUGUUUGCCUCCAGGCCCGCCCCCCGUGCCUUCUUUUCCGACUGCAGCCGUUUCGUCUCCGCCCACUCACCCGAGCCACGAGGUCAAGCGACACCCUUCCAACCUGCCGCCGAUCAGCGAUGCCCGCAGCGUCCUACUGGAGGCCAUUCGGAAAGGUAUCCAGUUGAGAAAAGUGGAGGAACAGAGGGAACAGGAGGCCAAACACGAGCGUGUGGGGAACGACGUAGCCACCAUCUUGUCGCGUCGCAUCGCCGUCGAGUACAGCGAUUCCGAGGAUGACUCGGAGUUUGACGAGGUCGACUGGAUGGAGUGA